GCAGAGUAUUUGUUCCCCAAUAACUAUUCAACUAUUCUUAUUUUAAUCAUAUUUCGUCAUUCGUUGGCUCCGACGAAGGACGCUUUCAUAGUUUAAUGUUCCCACCAGCAGCCUGCAGUCUCUUUUGUCAGCGCUCGCUCCCCGCUUGCCAAGCGAACACUUGUAAUGUCUCGUUCUGCACUGGAUGAGGUGUCUUCGACUGGUUCUUUCAUCCGCACACCCUCAACUUUCCGAAAUUUUAUUUCUAAAGAUCUAGCUUCCCAGUUCCCUGCGGUAUCUGGAAGAUACCAUCUUUAUGUAUCCUAUGCAUGCCCCUGGGCAUCUAGGUGUCUGGCAUAUUUGAAACUCAAAGGGCUUGACAAGGCCAUCAGUUACACGGUGGUAAAACCAAAAUGGGAAAGGACCAAAGAGACUGAUGAGCAUAUGGGCUGGGUCUUUUCUGUUUCUAGCACUGAAGAAUCUGGGGCUUAUCCUGAUCCUUUGAACGGAGCCAGGAGUAUCAGGGAGCUUUAUGAGCUUGCAAGCUCAAGUUAUUCAGGAAAAUAUACUGUUCCUGUCCUUUGGGAUAAGCAACUGAAAACAAUUGUAAAUAAUGAGAGUGCUGAAAUAAUACGCAUGUUCAACACAGAGCUCAAUGAUAUAGCAGAAAAUGCUAAUUUGGACUUGUACCCCUCUCACCUACAGAAAGUUAUUGAUGAGGUCAAUGAAUGGGUUUAUGAUACCAUAAACAAUGGUGUAUAUAGGUGUGGAUUUGCUAAGAAACAAGGGCCUUAUGAUGAGGCUGUAGCGAAGCUAUAUGAUGCCUUGGACAAAUGUGAGGAGAUACUGAGCAAGCAACGCUAUAUCUGUGGGAAUGAUUUGACAGAAGCUGAUAUUCGUCUUUUUGUAACUCUGAUUAGGUUUGAUGAGGUUUAUGUUGUGCAUUUCAAAUGCAACAAGAAACUCUUGCGUGAAUAUCCGAAUCUGUUCAAUUACACUAAAGACAUAUACCAAAUUCCUGGCAUGAGCAGCAGCGUUAACAUGGAACAUAUAAAGAAGCAUUACUAUGGAAGCCAUCCUAGUAUUAAUCCCCAUGGAAUCAUUCCAAUUGGUUCUGACAUAGAUUACUCUGCUUCUCAUGACAGAGAUAGGUUUAAUAGUUAGCCGUGUCUACUGUAUCAUGAUAAAACUUGUUGAAGAGACUUGCUGCCAUUACCAGGUAAAAAAAGACUGCUUUUAUAAGCAAAUAAGCUUGUUUUUGGCGAGUUUGAUUAGCAGACAUAUCUAUGCUGUUCAAAGUUGGUUGUGACAUUUGGAGGGUGUAUUUCUAUUUUUUUUUACUUCAAAUAAUUUUGACUAAUGUUCAUCAUAAGUCUCAACGGUGUACAUGAA